GUCGCGGUCAACACGACACCCGCCUUCCUCAAGACAUUCUUUCAGCACUUUGCAGAUAAGCCCCCCACCAAUGACCCACGGCACGAGCUUGCCUACCACGAAGCCAUCGUUCUCGUUAAAAAGUUCCUCGAGUACGGCGCAAAACACACCGUAGAGCAGGUCCAGUCAUUCACGGCCAACAAGAUCCCCACGCCAGGAUGGGUUUCCAAGCAGGAAGUCGUCAUGGAGCAAUCCUUCCUGGAUGAAGCUGCUCAGCAUUUGAUUGAAAGACUCGGAGAACAAGGUCUCGCUGUUUUUGGCGGCAGCAAGUGGUGGCAGUACCGCAUUGAAGCACUCACCUGCGAGUGGAUUGAGAUGAAGAAGGACCAGCAACGUCGUUUGGCAGAUCCAACCAAGCCUCAGCGUGUCAUCCUCUACAUCCACGGUGGCGCAUACUACUUUGGCUCAGUGGAUGAACACCGCUAUCAGAUCCAGCGACAUGCCCGCAAACUCGGUGGUCGUGCCUUCGCCGCCAAUUACCGUCUGGCACCCCAAUAUCCGGCACCUUGUGGUAUUCAUGAUAAUCUGGCAUGCUAUCUCUACCUUCUCAAGCAAUUCAAACCAGAGGAGAUCAUCCUGUCAGGAGACUCUGCAGGUGGCGGCAUGUGCCUCUCUCUACUCACCGUCAUUCGGGACCAGGGCCUCCCUCUCCCAGCAGGCUGUGUUCUCAUCUCUCCGUGGGUCGACCUCAAUCAUUCUUUCCCGAGCAUCAUGGCGGACAGUUCUGGCGACUACAUCCCGCCUUCUGGAUUCCAGCACAAGCCGUCCAUCGCCUGGCCACCGCCCACCACAGAAGACAUUGCUGCUGCACGCAACAUGACGCUCAGCGACCUUCAAAACGAAAACAACGACUCUGCCGCAACGAGUGACAAUGAAGAAGAGGAUGCCGAGGGAGACAAUCACGAGGAAAUCACUGGCAACGACGGCAGUUUGCUGAUUGAUGGCAAAUUUGUCAAGAUUGUGGAUCAGGUCCAAUUGUAUGCCACGAACGAGCAACUGACGCACCCGCUGGUCUCACCCGUCAUCGCAGGAUCUCUCGGUGGUCUGUGUCCGCUCUUUGUCAUGUGUGGCGGAAGCGAGCUUUUACGUGAUGAGAUCAUUUACGUUGCACACAAGGCUGCCAAUCCUGCGUCCUACCCGCCCAUGGAUCUGUAUCUGGAUGCAGACCCGCGACAGCGCGAAAUGCUCAACAAAUAUGGGCCUACGCAAGUACACCUUCAAGUGUAUGAUGAUUGCUGUCACGUCACGCCGACAAUUGCCAUGUGCCGGCCUGCCAAGUACAUGUACCGUGCUAUUGCCAACUUUUCACUGUGGGCGCUUGCUCGCUUUGAAGGACCACAACAGACAGACAUUGCGGAUUUGCUCACACGCAUGCAUCUCGUCGAGCAAAACUUGACAGAGUCAGGUGCAGAUCUCGAUGAUGCUUCUGACGAGGAAGAGACGGCGGUCAGGAAAGGCUCAACACGGCCCAAAGUCACCGUCACAGGCGUUGAGCCGGUCUAUGUCGACCACAUGAUCCGAGAGCGUGUCAGCAUCCACGGCGAGAUUCGACAGAUGGAACCUGUCAAGGACUUGUCUAUGCUUCACUUGGACCCAAACGAUAUUGGUGUCAUCAAGCCCGGUCCAGUCAAGAAGUUCAUGGCGGCACGCGGAAUGCAUGAUCGUCGAUAUGGCAAACGCAAGGCAAAAUUGCAGAGACAGCGGGCGCGUGAGUAUGCGCGUGCAGAACGUGAAGGCUUCGCUAUUGGCAACUUUGAGGGAGAUGUGCCACCACCUGCUGCAUUGGCUGGUCGUGCAUCUCUCAAGGAUGCAGAGACUUUGCACAAGACGAGCAAGGGCGGUAAGACGGGAGUCAUCAACACGCUGUUCUCGUUGGUCAGUGGGUCACGCGAUAAGGACAAGGUCAGUGCCGAGGCCAAGGUGGAUAGCCAGGCAUCAUAG